CAAUCUAAUGGCGUUUUUCACUGGUCGAUUCGGAGCAGGAUUUCUUGCUCCGCGGCAACGAAUCCGAAUUUCACUGGUCGAUCAGGAGCGGGUUCGCGCUUUCCACUGGUCGUUUCGGAUCAACUCGCUCCGCGCCGGAUCGCUCUCACUUGCUCCGCCACCGAGGCGCGGAUUCGGGCGGAAAUAGCACGCGUCACUUCCGUCUUCAAGUGAAAUCGGUACGCACUACAUUGUGCUGCUUCGCAAAAUGGCUGCGUUCGCUGCUGCUGUAGAGCUCGCGUUUAGCGAUCAGAGCAGUUCAAGCAGUAGCUCUUCUAGCUCGGACGGCAGCGAUUAUGAGGUUACUCAGGCGCUGUACGAAGCCUUCUAUCGGGAGGCCUUCUCUGAACCGCCGCGUAAAUGUCCGAGGAUUGUCGGAUUCGUUCAGGACGUUGUGCGGCAGUACUCAGAUGAGGAGUUCCGCAGGAACUUCAGAGUUUCGAGAGCUGUCGCGGACAGCCUGAUCAGUAGGUUCGAGAACUCUGAUUUCUAUCCUCGCAGUGAUCGUGGCGGGUCCCCUUCUAAAACCGCUGAAGAGCACGUUCUGGUCUUCAUCUGGUUUGCUGCAAACAAGGCGUGCUUAAGGGACGUAGCCAGUCGAUUCGGCAUUGGAGAAGCUACUGCAUUUAGGAUUGUUGAGCGCAUGCUUGAGUACUUGGUGGAAAUUGCCAAGCAAAUUAUAACGUUUCCAGCAGACCUCGAUCAGCUGUCAGAAGACUUUGAGCAGGUGUCGGGAGUGCCCAAUACAAUUGGAUGUAUUGAUGGAUCAUAUAUAAGUGUCCGGUGCCCUGCUAAAAAGGUGCGCUCUACAUAUGUCAACAGGCACAGCUAUCCAUCGUUGACUCUUCAAGCUGUGUGCGACUACCAGAAGAAGUUUCUGGACGUCACAGUUGGCAGUCCUAGCAAAAUCCAUGACUCUAGAAUUUUCAGGAAGUCUAGGCUGGCAGAGCGGUUGCCUGGCAUUUGUUGCUUUGGAAAGUUUCAUGUUCUUGGAGAUGCUGCUUAUCCACUUCGGGAUUACCUCAUCACACCAUUUCGUGACUAUGGCCAUCUGAAUUCAAGUCAACGUGCCUUUAAUAUAAAAUUUUCUGCCACCAGAGUUAAAAUUGAGAAUGCUUUUGGUGACCUCAAGGGCAGGUUCCGCCAGCUGCUGCACCUGGACUUCUUUUUCGUGGACAAAAUGAAUAAGUUCAUAAUUUCUUGUUGUGUAUUGCACAACCUGUGCAUUAGUUCUGGGGAUGUAGAUGUGCCACCAUAUAGUGACGAUGUAAGCACAGCGUGGAACUGGCAAGCACCACCAGAUGAUGACAGCCACAGCUGCGGCCCCCUGACAUCGAGUGAAGCCGCACUGCGUCGACAAGGGGAGGAAAAGCGGGGGCGCUUGAUUCAAGCAAUGCUAGAGAGGAACCUACCCACCUAGCAAGAAGUGCCCAAGAUGUGCCAAAGACUGUAUGAGUUACCAUACACACCAGGAACAGUUAUAGAAUGCAAAACUUUAUUGUAGCAGUUAUAAGACCCAACCAUGGCCGAGCAAGCGGUGCGACCGAUCGCUUCUUUUAACCAAUCAGUCGCAUGAUCGACAGGUCAAUGAGACAAGUUGAAAGGCACACCACAAAUGCUUUGCAUUAACCUUUGAAAGGUUAAUUAACAUAGGUUGUGCAUUUACGAGAUAAACUAUUUGGAGAUCCAACAAAUUUGCUAAUGGGCCCCCCCCCCCAAUUGUUAUUCAGAAAGAAUUUAUGGCGGCUGCUCUUUAUGAAGCGUAAUUACAUAAAAGUACCUAAAUAAGUAAAAAAGUUACAUUAACAAAUAUUUUACACACAAGAUAAUAAUUGUGCAACAGUUUUCUUUUACAUCGUCCGUACAAUGCUCAGAGGGGAAAAAAGUGGGGUUGUGUACAUGCAUGUGCAAUGUUAUGCAUUUUCAAACUGCAGGGAUGGAAGUGUUGCUCCAAAAGAUAAAUGCUGCUCCAAACUCAUUUUUGUUAGUAAUUGCUCUGAAACGGUGCUGGGAAAUUUGAUCUCAUACUGAUUACCAACUGCUACUGUGGCAACUGUGAUAUGUGACUGAUUACUUUUAAUUGUGAUGCUCAGCUGUAUCGGCUUUGAUAUCGUUUCUGCCACAAGAACAGGUAUUUGAAAUAUAUAGCUCAUUGAGCUGUAUUUUUGAACUUGACUUGCAGAGUAUUUUUGUGAAAUGUAAAAGUGACCGAGAUGAAUUCGAUCUCAUACCGAUUAUUAACUGCUGCUUUGGCAACGGUUAUAUGUGAUUGUGGUUACUUCUAUAAUGUGUUGCAUAGCUUUACCGGUUUGAUGUCAUUUCUGCCACAAGUACUGGUAUUUUUAUUAUAUAGCUCAUUUUACUGUGCGUUCGAGACCAAUCCGUCUUCUGAAUUGUUUGUUUCUUGCAACUUGCAUUGAUUAGUGUAUGUGCAAUAUGUUUCAUAAUAAAUACUAAUAUUUAUAAGAUGCUUCAGUGAUGCUUUUAACUCCAGGAGUCGUAUGGAAUAUCUUGCCAUCUGCUCCAAGUACACCAAUAGAUGCUCGUAACUAGCAUUUUUUCUGCUCCAGAAAGUAAAAUGUUGCUUCCAUCACUGAAAGUGUGAUUGCUGUAUUGUUAGUGUAAUGUCAAGGAGCAUCAUCUUUGCAAUAAACAUGUUUUUAUUACAUUUUAAUCAUUUUGGUCGAGGCCAAAAGCUUCACGCAGAAGGCUCAUCUUUUCUGCAUGCAUCUGCUCCCGCCGCUGCAUCUUCUCAAGUCUUCUUUCUUCUUUUUUGUUGUCUCUCUCUGCUUUCCGCUUUGCCCUGCGCUCUUCUAUCUCUUCAACCUUCUCCAAGAACGCAGUCAUUUGGAGCAUCCGGGCUGUACUUGGCCGAUUUUUUCUUCCGUCAUCUCCGGGCUGCUGCUCCUGCUCAAGGGAACCAGCAGCAGUCUCUGUGGUACUACUAGCCGAACUUGCAGGGCUAGAUGUGCCAAGGUAGAUGGACUGUGAUGCUGGUGACUGUGGAUGUGUCUUUCUCGACACCACACCGCUUGCGUCCCUCACCACCUGUGGCUCCAGGCUGUCGUCGAGCCACCUAAUCUUAUCUAGCUCAUCCUCAUAGGGGACCUCAGUUGGCGAAUUGCCCGAUAUGUUAUUUUCAACUGAUGCUAUAUUUUUUCUCUUUAGCACUGUUUUAUAUCUUGUGCAACAUUGCUCUCCGCUCUUGAUCGUGCCAAUUCUUUGUCUCAGCUCUGCUGCAAUUUUUUCAAACAUUGCCUUUUUAUUUUUGAAUUUUUUUAGAGGGCCCACUUGAGGGAAGUAAGUUCCAUACAAAUCAAGCAGGAGCUUUGUUUCUCCACUUGUCCAUUCGCACCCUGGAGCUGGAAUGUUCAACAACAAAAUACAUUUUUUAAUAUUUAUCACCAUUUCGCUUAAUGUACCCAGCACUAACCUUGUAAAGGAAAAGUACAUAAUUGUUUCAAACUUCAAAAAUGAAGUUUGAGCUGGGGACAUGGCAAUAAAGACUGUUUUUUAUUUAUGGG